GUAAUUUUCUAACAAAACAACAGAAAAGGUCCCAUUUUCCAGCGUGUCAUCUCCACAAAAAUCGAAAACCAACCAAGAAACACAAAUCAUUCCGCCAUGACUCUCACCGCCAUCUCCACCUUCCUCCUCCUCCUCUCUUUCACCGCCGUAUCUCUCGCCGAAAUCACCGACACAUCCGACGCUCAAUCAGCCUACGAAGCCCUCGCCGGAUACGGUUUCCCUAUCGGUAUCCUCCCUAAAGGAGUAGUCUCUUACGAACUUGACAGAACCACAGGCAGCUUCCGCGCCAAUUUUAACGGUUCUUGUAGUUUUGCUCUAGAAGGUUCAUAUCAGCUGAAAUACAAGUCAACAAUCACCGGUUACGUAAGCGAUAGAAAGCUAACACAGCUCCGUGGAGUCAGCGUGAAGGUGUUGUUUCUAUGGCUGAAUAUCGUGGAGGUCUCUAGAAGUGGCGAUAAUCUUUAUUUCUCCGUCGGGAUUACGUCGGCGAGUUUUCCGCUUGAUAAUUUCUAUGUGUGUCCUCAGUGUGGAUGUGGAUUGGAUUGCGAUAAUGUUGGUAAAUUAAGCAAGAUUAGGAGGAGCAAUCCUUUUGUUUCUUCAAUUUAGAGUAGCAAAUCAAUGGUAUGAUGUUCACAUGCUUAGUUUACAAGUGGUCUUAAGGUUUGAUAAGCUAGAGUACAGUUGAGGAGCAUGAACUAAUACUUGUGCAAUAAGAGCUCAUAGUAAGAUUCCCGCUUUUAGUUUAACAAAAUUCAUAGUCAAUAAAAUUUAUUCAUAUGUCAACUAAUUGUGGAUUUUUAGGCAACUGUGCUGGUAGAUCUACUAUCUCCUUCUCUAGAAUGUUAUUUGCUGACUUGUGAUUUGAUAUGUAUAACAGUAUAAAUGAUCGACCAGCAUUUUUUUUCA